AAUAACCGUCCAGCAACUCAACAGCACUCAACCGCACGCAGUAAAAGAGACAAACAGACACCGCCACCUCCACUCAGCAACUCACCGCCUGUUGAGGUACCGCUGCCCGCUCAGUCCAACGCCCUGCCAGCCAUGACCGCCAGCCUCACCCUCCACGUCGACUACGUGUCCCAGCCCUCCAGGUCCCUCGUGUUCCUGUGCAGGGCGAUCAAGGCGCCCCACCAGGAGAAGCAACUCAGUCUGGUGAAAGGGGAGCACCUAAACAAGCCCUUCGCUGACCUGAACCCCUUCAAGAAAGUGCCCGCGGUGCAGGACGAAGACUUGCUCAUCCUUGAGAGCUGCUCGGCGCUGCGGUACAUCGCUAGCAAGUAUGACGCUGCCGGCACCUGGUACCCCGCAGACCUCAAGACGCGCUGCAAGGUGGACGAAUACCUGGACUGGCAACACCUCAACACCAGAGCUCACGGCGUGGGAUACUACAUGAACAAGGUGUUACUGCCCAUGAUGAAGGGAUCAGCACCGGACAUGGAAGUGGUAGAGAAACACGAGAAGGAGCUGGGCCGCGUGGAGGAGCUCUUCGCCAGCUACUUCCUGGGCGAUAAGCCUUUCAUCACUGGCAACACGCCCACCAUCGCGGACCUGCAGGCGGCCACGGAGUUUGAGCAGCCUCAAGCAGCGGGCUACACGCUGGCCAAGGCCACCAAGGAAUACCUGGAGAGGGUGCGGGAGGCAGUGGGCGCCGAGAUGUACGACGAGCUGCACGAGGCCCCGAAGGAACUGGCGAAGAAGGCGCUGCAGUGAUGUGGGACUUAUGUGUGGUGAUUCUCUCUCUCUCUCUCUCUCUCUCUCUCUCUCUCUCUCUCUCUCUCUCCUCUCUCUCUCUCUCUCUCUCUCUCUCUCGUCUUGCUUGCUUGCUAGUGAUUCAUGGUUACAAAUAAAAUUUCAAGGAUU